CUCAUCUUUUAAGGGCUUCCUACUUGGGAGCCAGGUCUCUCACGCCAGCGUGCGGCUGGUUCGCGCUUCGCAGGUGCAUCUUGCUGCCAUGGGCCUCUGUGUGCUUUGUAUGGGUAGCCUUGGGCAAGUUGUUUCCUAGGCUCUGUUAUGGAUAGUGCCCUUGCCAAAACGGCGCUGUGCGCCUAGUCAGCUCCCUAUCAUUCGCGACUCUCUCUGCACACAUCUUGUGACUAAGAAUCAGGCCCAUCAUGGGACUCUUCAAGAAGACAGUGAAGGCUCCAGCUGCGGCUGCUCUCAGAACAGAUGCUGUCGAGCCGUCAAAUCCUCAGCCUGUUUCUACCUCAAUCGUCGACAUGGAGCGUGCAUUGGCGCCGCGAUGGGUGGAGAGCUACGACAAGGUUGCAGAGCAGGUGUAUACUACAUGCCAAGAUAAUGACUGGUUCGAGCUUGUGGCCGACACGCCUCACUUUGCCAUCAGAUCUGGUAUUUCAAUGUCAGAAUAUGAGGUCUUGCCGGCACAUUCACAUGAUCCGCGACUUUUGAGACUGGCUCUCAGGUUGCAGUUCGAAGCUGCUCUCCUCAUGUCUACACCCUUGACUGAGGCCGUCGUCGAAGAUCUCCCUCUCGACGCGUACGAUGUCAUCUUGCAAGGCAACAAGCACAUACAAGUCAUCGACAACCUUGACGACUACCACUCCAUCAAGCGUGACCAGAUGAGUGCAUUUGUUCGCGACAGCAAGUCUUUGCUAGUUUGGUCGCCCAAAGUCGAAACUCUCGUGGCGCGCGCCAAGGACGCUGAGAAUCGUCUGCUUGGAUUUAUUUCUCAACCCAGACUGGCUGCUGAUGAUGAUGAGAAGGCGAAAGCGUCUUACUUCGUCACAGAGACUGCCUUGUCAUCUCAGACUGACAUCGAGCUCGGCAACGCUUUCGAGGAUUCACGGGACGGUCUGUCCAUCAUUGGCUCUACUUCGGUGGCGGCUGUCAUCAUCAUUCUGAUGUACUUCAUGGGCCGCAUGAUCGGCGGUAUUCUCUUCAGCGUCUCUUCUGGCGGCUCGGUCAUUCAAUUGGCAGCCUUGGCUUUCCUCCCGACCAUCUUCUUACUUUCUGCGUUCUUCGCCAAUGUCUGCGUUGGUUGCCUGCUCCAGACAUUCGGCCCAACAUCACAAAUGAAGCGCAACUCAAAGUACUACUCUUCAAUACGCCCUCAGACUCACCCAGAACGUCUGCCGCACAUCACUGUGCAAUGUCCGGUCUACAAGGAAGAUUUGGCUGAAGUCAUUCGCCCCACCAUCUUGUCAGUUCGCGAGGCCAUCGGUACGUACGAGAGGCAAGGUGGAACUGCCAACAUCUUUGUUAAUGACGAUGGAAUGCAAGUCAUCUCCAAGCACGAGGCUGCUUUUCGAAAGGAAUUUUACCGCAACAACGGUAUCGGCUGGGUUGCACGUCCAGGUCAAUCUGAGAACUUCAAUCGUGCAGGCAAGUUCAAGAAGGGCAGUAACAUGAACUUUUGCAUGGACGUGUCACUGCGUGUCGAGGCGGAGCUCGAAUCUUAUGAACGUGGUCCCGGCUGGUCGAGCAUUGAUGAGACUCGCGUGCAAGAGGGUGCGCUCAAGAAAGUGCUGGCUGAAGACGGCAACAUUGGUUGGGGAGACGGUGACGUCCGCAUUGGCGACAUCAUUCUCAUCAUCGAUUCUGACACCCGCAUUCCCUCAGACUGUUUCCUCGACGCUGCUUCUGAGUUUGCCGAAUCACCGGAACUCGGUAUUUUGCAGAAUUCGUCAGGUGUUAUGCAAGUGACGCACGACUUUUGGGAGAACUCGCUCGCCUACUUUACUCGCAACAUUUACUUCUCCAUUCGCUAUGCUUGCGCGGCUGGUGAUGUUGCGGCAUUCGUUGGUCACAAUGCCUAUUUGCGUUGGACAGCGCUACAGGAGGUCCUUUAUGUGGAAGAUGGCAAGAUGAAGUGGUGGUCCGAGGAGCAUGUUUCCGAGGAUUUCAUCAUGAGUCUCAAGUUGCAAAUGCUUGGCUACAUCUCGCGGUUGGCAGUGUACCACGGGGACGAGUACAAGGAAGGUGUCGCUCUCACAGUAUACGACGAGUUAUCGCGUUGGUCAAAGUACGGCUAUGGAUGUUCAGAACUCGUGUUUCAGCCUUUCAAGUCUUGGUUCACGAAAGGUCCAAUCACUCCACUCUUCUGGACAUUCUUGCGCUCCAACAUGCGGCCGACAUCUAAGUUCAACAUCAUCAGUUACAUUGGAAGUUACUACUCCAUUGCAUCUGCCAUUUGGAUGUCGCUCAUCAACUUUUUCUUGAUUGGCUGGUAUGGUAUGGCCAUGUACCACGACUUUGCUUGGUAUAGUGAUUCGUUCACAAUCUUCAUUUCUGUCACCGUGGUCUUCUUGGGCAUUGCACCCAUCACAAAUGCAAUUCUCAAAUACCGCAUCGGUGAGAUGGGUCUCUUCGCAGCGCUCUAUGAAAACUUCAAGUACUGUCUUGUCUUUUGCUUUUUCCUCAGUGGUGUGAGCUACCAUCUUUCAAUCAGUCUCUUCAAGCACAUGUUUUCCAUCGACAUGCAGUGGGGUGCAACAGCAAAGUCUCUAGGCAACUCCGACUUCUUCAUGGAACUGCCCAUCAUUCGAAAACGCUUCUGGCAGAUGUACAUCUUCCUGUUGGUGCUCGGAGGUGGUAUGGUCUACUUGCGCUACUUUGCACCUAUUGGCUGGCAGAUCACAGAGCUGUCUGUUUACGUUGCUCUUGGUUGGUCGAUUGGUUCUCAUGCAGUCAUGCCGAUAAUCUUCAACCCCAAGUCGUACCUGGCUGAGUUCCAUGGCGACAUCGCCUCGACGACCGCGAAGAUAUGGAAAAAGUCCAAGCAGCUCGUCUUUGCGGCAAAGAAGCGGUCUGGUUUGUACUAGUUCUUAAACACCCUCAUGAUGAUCAAGAGUCUUUUAUAGCAAUAGCAAUGCAUCUGGCGAGUCAAACUUAGCUCA